AAGAAAUAAACAAAAGAAAGAAUAAAAUUUUCAAAAUGUGCACGAGUACAAAUAUCUGAAAUGAAAUACGUGAAUUUUACAACUGUCAUAUUGGCAAUAUUUGCAGCAUACAUACUGCAUUCGGUGUAUUUAAUUUGGUUGAUUUUUAAGCCACCAAAAUGUAUUGGAAAAAAAGCGAAGUGCAUUGUGCCAUUUUACAAAGAUUUAUUGAAUGAAAAACUAACGGUUUCUAUAUUCACUUCAACAAAUGAAAGAUCAUCAAAUUCAGGCUUGAAGCCGCUUUGGAAAGCAGAUAAAUUUAAAAUUCAAGAAUAUCUCUCAUUAACCUUAAAUGUGAACAUCCCUGUUGUAACCAGUAAUAAUGGCAGCAUGUUUGUGCAUAUUAUUUUACAUCAUCGUCAUUUGGAACCUUGGAGUGAUAUCUUAUCGUAUUCUGUAGCUCCUCUUACAAAGUUCAUGGUUGAACAAAGUAAAACAUUUAAUCUAAUGUCAAAACACAACAACAAGGAAAACACAGAAAACUUUUCAGAAAGACCUACUACCCAUUGGCGUCCUCGAUUGACUUUCCAUAUCCUAACCGAUCCUAUCUCCUUUCAUCGAUCAGCUAUUCCUGGUGAAAUACAUCCUCUGCUUAAAGUUUCACAAGAAGGUCAGUAUUCCCCAAUUCUCUAUAUUGAUGAAUUGGAAAUGUUGGAAAGAAAUUUGAAAUCCAUGAAUACAACAUCUUUAAAAAUGGAAUUAGAAAUAAAAUAUUCGCCUAUAGGAAUAGGGAGAUUACGAGUAUGGAAGCUUGUAGCAGCAUCAAUGGAUUCAAUGAAAAAUUUAGGAUUUUCUGAUAAAGAUUUAGAUGAAGUAAAAGGGAUAUUUACUGAUACAAAUCUUUAUUUACUUGCUCUCACUUUUGCCAUUUCAGUUUUUCAUCUUUUGUUUGAUUUUCUUGCAUUUAAAAAUGAUAUCUUAUACUGGCAAAAACGAACUACAAUGGUCGGCCUUUCAACUAGAGCUGUACUUUGGAGAUGCGUCAGCAGUGCAGUUGUGUUUUUGUAUCUUAUGGACGAAAAAACAAGUUUAUUGAUUCUAAUACCAUCUGGUAUUGCCGUACUAAUCGAGAUAUGGAAAGUGACGAAAGCUUUAAAAAUAACGUUUGUAUGGAAUGGUGGACGAAUACCAAGGAUAAAGUUUGGUGAAAAGUCAUUGCAAGAAAAGGAAACCGAGGAGUUUGAUUCUGAGGCAAUGAAGUAUUUAUCUUAUGCUCUAUAUCCUUUGGUUGUGAUUGGUGCCCUUUAUUCGUUGAUAUAUCAACCUCACAAGAGUUGGUAUUCCUGGUUCAUAAGAUCACUGGUGAACGGUGUUUAUGUAUUUGGUUUCUUAUUUAUGCUUCCUCAGCUGUUUGUCAAUUACAAGCUUAAAUCAGUCGCGCAUCUACCAUGGCGAGCUCUCAUGUACAAAGCUUUUAAUACUUUUAUUGAUGACGUGUUUGUCUUCAUCAUCACUAUGCCAACAGCUCAUCGAUUGGCUUGUUUUAGAGAUGACGUUGUCUUUAUCAUAUAUUUAUAUCAAAGAUGGUUAUAUCCUGUUGACGUCAAACGAGUCAACGAAUAUGGUGUGUCAUACGAAGAGACUGGGGAGAAGUCACAUAAAGAUUAAUGAAAUACCUUUAAGGUAUGAAACAGCUUUACGAUGUUUUUUAAAUUUACAGGUGAACUAUUGUUAUGUAGCCCGGCUACGAGUUUAACCCAUUUAGCUGAAUUAGUUUAUUUUUGAUGAACAAAACUUAAUGUUGAUCUGUGAUCAAAAAAAUUAGGAGAUGAUGGUCUGGUGAAUAUUGCAUUGUAACCAAUAGCGUUUCAUUAAAAUAUUGUUUAAUUUA